AUGGAUAGAACUAAUUCUAUCAGUUCAAAAGAAGCUGCCUUCUUACAUGUUACCAACCCUCAAAACAAUGGUAUUCACCUAGAAAUGCAAGGCACCAAUUGUAGACAGCCUCAAGAAAGCAACAUAACCGGACUCCGGUCACCGGAUUCCGGGGAGAAUUCAGAUGGAAAGUGGGCAUCAAGGUUGCUUAUAGAGUGUGCCACAGCCAUGUCUGAGAAGGACUCUACUAAGAUCCAUCACCUCUUAUGGAUGUUGAAUGAACUUGCAUCUCCAUAUGGAGAUUGUGAUCAGAAGCUGGCUUUUUAUUUCUUGCAAUCCCUCUUCUGUAAGGCAACGGAUUCCGGGCAACGAUGUUACAAAACCCUAAUUUCAGUAGCAGAAAAGAGCCACUCUUUUGAUUCUGUCAGGAAAUUGAUACUGAAAUUUCAAGAAGUGAGUCCAUGGACAACUUUUGGCCAUGUUGCAUCAAAUGGGGCUAUGUUGGAAGCCUUAGAAGGUGAGAACAAACUUCAUAUAAUUGAUAUCAGCAACACUUUGUGUACUCAAUGGCCAACUUUGUUGGAAGCCUUGGCCACAAGAAACGAUGAAACGCCCCAUCUAAAGCUUACUGUGGUUGUGACAACGAGCAUCGUGGAAUCCGUAAUGAAGGAGAUAACUCCAAGGAUGGAGAAGUUUGCCAGGUUAAUGGGGGUGCCCUUUGAGUUUAGGGUAAUGAAUGGCCUAAAUUUCUUGGGAGAGUUGACAAAGGACAGCCUAGGUGUUCAAGACGAUGAAGCUAUUGCAGUGAAUUGCAUUGGGGCACUGAAAAGAGUUGAUGUGGAAGAAAGAAGGGCUUUUAUUCAAAUGAUCCAAAGUCUUAGGCCUAAAGUUGUGACUGUUGUGGAAGAAGAGGCUGAUUUCUCAAGCUCAAGAAAUGAUUUUGUCAAAUGCUUUGAAGAAUGCCUUAGAUUCUACACAAUCUAUUUUGAUAUGCUAGAGGAAAGCUUUGCACCUACAAGCAAUGAGAGAUUGAUGCUAGAGAGAGAGUGUUCAAGAAGCAUAGUUAGUGUAUUGGCUUGUGAUGAUGAAGUUGAUCAUGGAGGAGACAGUGAGAGAAGAGAGAGAGGAAGCCAGUGGUCAGUGAAGCUCCGGGAGGCUUUCGUCCCGGUCAGAUACAGCGAUGAUGUUGUCGAUGAUGUUAAUGCACUGCUUAGGAGAUACCGGACCGGAUGGUCACUUGUGCUACCUGCAGGAGCAGAUGAUGUAGGAUUAUACUUGACAUGGAAAGAGGAACCUGUGGUAUGGGCAUCAGUAUGGAAACCCUAA